GUCCUUCUUGCUGGCAUUGCUUUCAAAUCGAACUAACCCCGCAGUGGGCUAAAACCUAGCACACCAUCAGCCGCUCAGCCAGCCACUGGAAUGCAUUCCCUACUCACCUCUCGUCCUCAAUCGUCGGGAUAUAUCGCUCUUUCUCAAUGGAACAACAACAGAACCAUGUUGUCUCCUCCCAAGCAAGACGAAGAAUCACCAUCUUCUCCCCCCGAACAGCUCGAUCCUGAGUCCACCACCUCCCCGUCGCUUCCCCGCAACAACAAUGGCCCCAACGCCGCCUACACGGCCAAAGCCACCGCGCUCAACCGAGCCAUCCAGGAUAUUGGCAUGGGUCGGUACCAAUGGCAACUAUUUUUUGUGAUCGGAUUCGGCUGGGCAAGCGAUAAUCUCUGGCCGAUCGUAGUGUCGUUGAUCCUGCCGCCGGUUUCGUACGAGUUCAACGCAAGCAAACCGCCGAUUUUGACGCUGGCGCAGAAUAUCGGGUUGCUGAUCGGAGCGAUUUUCUGGGGAUUUGGAUGUGAUAUUUUUGGACGGAAGUGGGCGUUCAAUCUCACGCUUGGGAUUACGGGUGUGUUCGGGCUGGUUGCUGCUGCGUCGCCUGGUUUCGCGGCGGUAUGUGCAUUUGCGACGCUGUGGUCGAUCGGCGUUGGGGGGAAUUUGCCCGUUGAUUCGGCGAUUUUUCUUGAAUUUUUGCCUGGGUCGCAUCAGUAUCUUCUCACGAUAUUGUCGGUUGCGUGGGCGCUUGCGCAGUUACUGGCGACGUUGGUGGCGUGGCCGUUGUUGGGGAGUAUGACCUGCGACGAGGAUAAUGGGAAGCCAUGCUCGAAGUCGAGUAAUAUGGGAUGGAGGUACUUUCUUCUCGCGAUGGGUGGGUUGGCUGUGGUUAUGUUUAUCUGCAGAUUUGUCUUUUUCACGCUCUUUGAGUCGCCCAAGUACCUCAUGGGUAAGGGACGCAAUGAGGAGGCUGUGGAGGUGGUUCGCGAGAUAGCCAAGAGGAAUGGACGCCGGACGUCUUUCUCUUUGAGCGAUCUGCAAGAUCACGAUGGUCUGGAGAACGAGGAGGAUCUCGGGCUAAAUACAUCGCCAGCAUUGGGCACGCGAGACCUUAUCCGCAUACGAUUGGAAAAGGUCAGUCUGGAACAUGUCCGGGCUCUCUUCGAUACACCCCGUCGCGCCUGGUCGACCUCUAUGAUCAUGCUGGUAUGGGCAUUCAUUGGCCUGGGAUACCCCCUCUACAAUGCCUUCCUACCUUACAUCCAGCAAUCCCGAGGCGCCGAAUUUGGCGAUGGCUCGACGUACAUCACCUACCGCAACUCGCUCAUUAUCGCGGUUCUAGGGAUCCCGGGGUGUCUGCUAGGCGGUGCGCUUGUCGAAAUGCCCCGGUUCGGCCGCAAGGGCACCUUCAUGCUUUCUGCCGUUCUCACUGGCGUAUUUCUGUUAGCGUCCACGACGGCAACAUCAUCAAACGCACUACUAGGCUGGAACUGCGCGUAUAACUUCAUGAGCAACAUCGAAUCUGCCGUGUUGUACGCGUAUACGCCUGAACUCUUCCUUACGAAAGACCGCGGGACGGGAAAUGCGUUGACGGCGUCUUCGAAUCGGGUUUUUGGGAUUAUGGCACCGAUUAUCGCCAUGUUUGCGGAUCUAAACACUGCUGCGCCGGUGUAUCUCAGUGGGGUGUUGUUUAUUGCAGCGGGAGUGGUGGUGAUGUUGAUUCCGUAUGAGUCGAGGGGGAGGGCGAGUUUAUAGUGCUUGCAUUUUGUUUGUACAAUGAAUGCAUUUUCAUUGCAUGAGGCGCUUCGAUUUCCAACUCCUCAUCUUUUAUAGACAAAGUAUAUAGAGCCAGCAAUCAAUACUGCUGCAAGCUAGGGCUAGGGUUCCAAGAACUAUCUAUCAAAUUGUCUGUCCGGUCUCCAACAACGCUGUCCCAUAUAUGGUGGAGGGUGCAAUUUGGUUG